UUUGUACGAAGCUGCACAAAAUAUAUAGGGAGAACAUGGAAAUCACUACCCGCAUCCUACAGAUGACAUGCCGCCCACUCUGCACUACUGAAAUUCAACCCUCUCACCAUACUUAAGCAGUUCAAUCCAUCACUUAAUUCUCUCACCUUUCACCCUUCCACCAUCAUGGCUUUUCCAGUCGGGCACAGAAAUGGCUCCUAUUCCCCAGCUGCAUAUGAAAAUGAAGCAUACCCUCAAGUUUCAGACAUCUGCGCCAGUACCAUUCCAAUCUCCUCCAGUUUCAUGAACAAAGCGAUCUUGCAGAAGGAGAAGCAGAUUUUGGUGGAUCCAGUAUCAGUGAAGGAGUCAACAGGUCCAAAAAUGGUUGCCAUCGAUCGUCCUCCGGAUCUGCUCCCUGCAAGGCCCAAGUUCCUGAGCUCCAGCCUUCCCAAUUCCGCCUCUUCUUCGCCCCGUUUCGCCUCCAAUAUGCUCAAGAAUAAGAAAUGGAGAAACCAGAGCCAAGCACAUAAUCUCAAUCUCACUCUGCAUUUGGACAGGAGUAAAUCCUGCGGCACCGGAAGAUCAUCUUGUGCAUUGGCCGACGAGCUUGAUCUUUGGGUUCGGAACAGAUCCAAUAUUGCCGAUGCCAACUUUUGCGGUAGAAGCGAGGCUAAUUACAAAGAUGCCGGGAUUGGAAACUCCAGGGGUGGAGAUAACGGCAAUGGCAGCUCUCGCGACGACGAUGGGUUCAAAUGCGGAGCGCUGUGCUUGUUUCUCCCGAGCUUGGGGAGAGGAAAGCCGGUGAAGGCCAGAAAGGAGGAAGUUGUAUUGGAGACACAGAACGUGAUAUCCAGGACGGUUUCACUCGAGAAAUUUGAAUGCGGAUCUUGGUCUUCGUCCGCCAUAAUCAACGACAUGGUUGCGGAGGAAGACGGGGAGUCGGCGAAUCUGUACUUUGAUCUGCCAACGGAGCUGAUCCGAAGCGGAUUCAAUGAGGCAAGCUCCCCAGUCUCAGCGGCUUUCGUGUUCGAGAAGGAUCAUCGGAAGGGCGUGCUGAAGAGCGUUAGGGGCGGAGGGAAGUCACAGGAAUCGUCUCGCCACGUUCGAUUUUCGGCGGCAAGCCCUGUCUCGUCCCCUUCUUGCAUCACGCCUCGGCUGCGGAAGGCAAGGGAGGAUUUCAACGCCUUCUUGGAGGCGCAGAGCGCAUGAGCGGCACAGGCACAGUCGCUGGGUUCUGAAACCUGAACUGGUUUUGUGUUUUUAAGUUACCAUAUUGGCGGCACCCUUUUCAUAUUUCAAGCCAUCUCCCAUCUUCCAAGGUGCAUGCAUGCAAGCUUGCGUUAUGCUCGUCUUUCCUAGUUAGUGCACUUUUCUAUUAGCCAAGAAAAUUUUUGACUCCUUGGUUUGCAACGCUUGAUAACUUGAUUGGGUACCUUAACAAUGGAGAAAGGGUAUUGUCCACGGAUGAUGAUCCAUCUCUCUGAAUAAACUUCUUUUGAAAUUUUGAUUUGGACAUGAAUGCCAGUGUUUUGUUAUAUGAACGGAUUGUAUUUC